AUGGAGGAGAUGGAAUAUCUAUCUCAGAAAGUACUACACCUAUCUGUUGCUGAUACUGUUCAUGAAAUCUCUGUACCAUUUACUCCUAUAACUUGCUAUGGAAAAAAAAUGCCUUAUUCGGCAGAUAAUAACAAUUCCAUACAGUCUAGAAGUUGUUCGCUAAAUUUUACAACUACUAGUAAGAUGGGCUUUGACGAACCUAGCAAAACAGUAAAUGGAAACAAGCAUUCAACCAUUUGGAAGCUCUCUGAAGUGACCUCUCUAAGAAAUGAAGAAAUAGCAAGAGCUACAGCUGGACUUGCAGAAAGAAAAUGCUUAAGGAAUAAAUGUAUUUCAAAAUUAGAUAAUGAACUACAUAGGGAACGUAGCAUCCCCGAGAUUCAAAAACUCAAAGAUGUAAAUUGGACAGAAUUGUUUCUUGAUCAGUCUUCCAUUGGGGAUAGUCAUCAAUCUGUCUUAGAUCACUGCAUAUUUAAAAAGAUGGUUCAAAAUAACAGGGGCAAAGAUAAAAAGCCUGACACUUUUGAUCCAAAGCUAUUACAUGCAAAUAUUUUUAACAGUUCUGUAGCCUUUGUAAAUAAUUCAGAGAAUUUUGAACAAGAAACUCCUGGGACAUUGGUAAAUAAUAAUACAUUACGUCCUGCAAACAUAAUUUCAGAUUCUAUCCAGGCAACCAAGUAUAACAAUGAAAACUAUUUUUGGGCUCCACUCAGUUCAGAUGAAGAAUGGACAAAUAGGACAAAAAAUAAUUUAAAGUGGCCAAGUAUGGACAGCAAAAAUUAUAAAAACCUUGGUGAUAGUGCUAACUUUGACAAUCCAACCAUUAUGAAAUAUUUCAGUUCGCCAAUGCUGGAAGAGGAAUUUGUCUUCAAAAUAAUGCCUGACAGUUGUGAAAAAUGGAAUCUAGGAAUAGAAACCUUGCAAAUUCAAGAAUAUAAAUGCAAGAAUUUUACACAGACCCCAAAAUAUGAAGAUUUUAGUGGAACACAAAAUUCCAUAAAAAGCAACCAUGAAGAGUCUAAAAAGGGAAAUAUCAAUUUUCUUUCUAAAUUUACAGUACAAGAAGAUAUGUUGAGGGAUCAGAUGUCAGAUAUUCAACCACUAGAGAGAGCCUCAGACCAGAGAAAUGAAUCUAAAUUACAGCAAAUGCUGGAAAUGGACAAGAUUUUUAAAGGGAGGAAAUAUAUCGGAGAACAGGAUUUCAAUUUUAAGAAAGCUACAUAUCCAAAAGAUACAGAAUUAACAUCUCCGUUGGACUAUCCAUUGGAAAUUAAGAGCAGUUCCGUGAGUUCAUUACUGAAGCCUUCAGAAAAUAAUACUUACAAAGAGGGCUCGGACUCUUUGAAUCCCAGUCCUAAAGGCAUGAAUAAAAGUAAUAGUGACUGUGUUUUGCUAGUUGGGCCAUCCCAGAUCAGUGAUGAUCAGGUAAUACAUAAGCCUUGUAUCAUCUCCAAAAAUGAGCAAGGUGCUAUAAAUGAUAAUAUUUCUGCAACUGGUCUCCAACCAGCAGAUGGUGCUAAAGAGUUCCCCACUGCAACUAUUAAGUGGGAUGGUCAUGAGAAAUUUUGCAGCAAUACAAUCCCAUUAGAUUUCAGCCAUAGUGAUGGCGUUUUGGCUAAAUAUUAUUUUUAUUUGAGCUAUCUCAAUGAGUCCAAAAGAUUUCGCUGUGAAAAUGCCCAUCAGUUCUUUUUUUGUCAAGAACAUGGUUUUUUCAAAGAAGCCUAUUAUGAUACUGGACCCUGCUACUGUAAGAAUGGUAGCAUGUAUGAGGAACAGACAGAUGAAAAUAUGAACCAUGAUCUGGGAACUUCUGAAGGCAAGGAAAGGACUGAGAUCAUCAAACAGCAAAAUCAUUUCAAAGAUCAGAUGUUGAAGCCUCAGUUUGCAAAUGGCAGCCCCAAACAAAUGGAGAGAACAGGCAGUUUUAAAGACCAGGAAGUUUUUGAAAGCAGGAAAUCAAGCCCAAAACAGGCUAAUCCUAAGAAACAUUGGGAAAGAGCCAACAUUUUAUGCUCAUCUUACACACAGAGAGAACUGAAGCCAAGAUCACGAUGUGUCCGAAGACCUGCAACAGGCAAGAAGUUAAUGAGGAAGAACAAUUAUAACUCUCAGAACCAAACGUCUUCAGGGACACAAUGUAGGCUGCAGUAUGAAAACGCUUCUCAGGGUUAUAACAAAUUAAACAUGAAAAGUGACUGCAUUCUCACACCAUGGCUGCUGCUUCCUGAUGAAUUGUGGCUUUGUAUCUUUUCCCUGCUGACUCAUAAAGAUAUUUCCCAGAUUUCCCAGGUCUGUCGUCACUUUUAUCAACUAGCUGGAGAUAAAUUCCUUUGGAAGAAGAUUCAGCUUAAAGAUUGCCACUGCUUGAACAAUGACUGGUUGAUUAGUUUAGGAAAACACCACCCUGAGUGUUUCACUCUUGAUCAUUGCCAUGAUAAAGAUCACAGAAUUUCUGAGGUUGGACUAAAACAAUUCUUCCAAUACUGUGAAGGAUAUCUCAAGGAACUGAGUAUAAAAAACUGCAGUGGUUCUGGAUAUAAAGGGGACAGAAUUCUCCUUCAUGCAAGCACCUUUUGCUAUAAUUUGGCAGUUGUAGAUAUAAGUUGGACAGGAACUACUGAUUUUGGACUUGAUGCUCUAGUCAAAGGUUCUAGAAGUUUACAGUGUUUUUCUGCUAAUGGAUGCCAGAUAACGAAUGAAUCAGUAAUGGCCUUGAUUGGAAAGCAUGGAAAAAGCCUUAAGAAAUUGGAAAUGUUUGGCUGUCAAGCCAUUACGGACAAAUGCUUGAAAUCAAUAUCUACUAAAUGUUUAGGUCUAGAGGUUCUGAAUAUUGGCAGAGUUCAUAGAAUCUCGCAGGACUGUUUAGUGCAAACGGUAAAUUCAUUGCAAAAGCUUACAAGCCUCAAUGUCACAGGCCUUGAAAUGAUGAGGGAUUCUCUAGUACAUUAUAUUGUGAAGUGUCCUAAAUUGGAUUGUUUGGUUCUUAAUUCGUGUGCUCAUAUAACUGACAUCAGUCUAAUUGAAAUUAGCAGGGAUUUGCCAGGGAUCAGGUACCUUGAUGUUAAUGGAUGUAAAGACGUGAGUGAUAUUGGAGUUCAAGCUUUGGCAAGGAAUUGCCGUAAGCUUUCUUAUCUUGAUUUGAGCUCCACAGCAACAAGCAAAAGAGGGGUUUGCUUGCUGGCUAAUUUCUGCUUUAAUACCUUAAAGUGUCUGAAGCUUAGUUUCUGCAGAAAUAUCUCUCUAGACACAGUUGUAAAACUAUGUAAAAACUGCAAAAGACUGCAAAUACUUCACUUAUAUGGUUGCCGCUUUAUACCUGAUUUGGAAUCCAUUACAAAAGUUAAUAAAACUGUUAAAAUAUUUCAUGACCUGACAUGCAACUGUGAAGUUGUUACCUGA